CCUACACAAUACAUCUAAUUUGCGAAGGGACGGCACAAGGUUGUUUGUUCACAAGAGUUGUUUGCUCACAAGAUAAAAGGACGAAGGCUCUGCCAUCAUGCAGGAGUACUGUAGGCUAUCAGUUAGCAAUGUGUUAGCAUCUUCUUCUCAGGAGGUUCAUAGGGUUGCCGCGCGAGGGCAGAGGUCCGUUUGUCGCUCGCCGGGCCAGCGCGCAGCGUUUCCAACGAUGUAGGCUCUUGCUUUUGAUAACUUACACGUAUGGGCUGCCUGCAAUCGCGUCCGGCUGGGCCGGCCGCAGAGCAAGACGCUGCGAUUCCGGUUGCUGCCGCUGAGCAAACGCUGCCCCCGCCAAGGCGAGGAACGGCGUCGCUGUCCCUGGACCUUGACAAUGCAGCGGGCAUCAUGGCGCAUGCUCCGCCGGGCCGGAGGUCAGGCCAGCUCGAUUCACAAACGGUCCUCACCCUGCGCUCGGUUCGAGACCUUCAAAUGUUCGACCACAACUCCCAUGUUGACACCGAGAACGUCAUUAUCGCCCGCGACUCGCACUCGGUAGCCGGCACCAGCCGGUCUCGCGUGUUGAGCGGGCUGCGUGGCGUGGGCCAGCCGUCACGGACCUCCUUCCAGCUGGACCUCCAGCCCGCGCACGUCAACCACGCCGCCGCAGCGGCUGCUGGGUCCGGCCCCAGCGGCAUGGGCUAUAGCCGUCCCUCCGGACCCUCGGACUCAGCUGCCAACAUGACCUCCAUGGCCGCCCUGGCCUCCGGGGCCGCCGCUGCUACUUCUGCAAGGAUCUAUUCGCCAGGCGCCGGUGCAGCCACCGCUGCCGCCCACGCCGCUGGUAACGGCCGCGCUGGCACCGACGCUGAGGAGCACGACAGGCGCAGCGCUGGUCACGGCGCUGACGACUUUGAUCGCCAGCCUGAGUCAGGGUACGGCUUUAUGGCCGAUGACCUGGUUGACGGUGGCGACAGCGGCGGUAGCGGCAGCGGUGCCAUGGCCGACGGCAGCGAGAACGCCGAUGGCGAGGUGGACGCGCCCGCAGCCAGGGCAUUCUACCCACAAGGGCACAUGUCCAACGCUGCGGACGUUGCCGCUGCGCUGCCGGCGCAGCCGCCGCUGCCACCGCGCUGCUUUGUGCCGCUGCCGCCGCCAGUGCGGUUCGCCGUCGGCGCUGGCGCAGGCAACACCGCUGCGGCCACGGCGGCCGCCGCCGCCGCUGCAGCCACAGCCGCCGCCGGCGUCUACAACACCGGCGGCAGCGAGACGCCAGGUGGCGACACGCCGGGCGGCGGGGGUGGCGGCGGAGGCGGCGGCGGCUUCACUCGGCGUGCGACGCUGGUUCGCGGCCUGACGCGCGACUCGUUCGUGCUGUACGCCACUGGUGGCGGCACGGUGGCGAGUGGCGGCUACAUGAUGCGGACCACGGUCGGGCGCGAGGAGCAGCUGCAGGCGCAGACCAGCUGGCCGCCCUUCCAGAUGGGCAACCCGCUACAGGUGCAAGUGGGGGACCUGCUGGGGCGCGGCGGCUGUGGUUCGGUGUGGUCGGGCACGUGGCGCGGGCGGCCCGUGGCCAUCAAGGUGGUGCAGCAGGUGGUGCUGGUGCCGACCGGGGCCGCAGCAGCGGCGGCGGCGGCGGCGGCGGGGGCGGCAGCGGGCGUGCACGGGCAGGGGGCGGUGGUACCCAGGACGGCAGGCGUUGUCGUUGGUGGAGGCGGCGGGCCCAUGCCCCGGCCGUCGCUAGAGGCGCGCGGCGGCGGCGGAGGCGGCGGCGGAGGCGGUAGGGAAGCAGCCAUUCAGCCGGCGAUUGUGAGCGGCACGCUGCUGCCGGCCGUGCCCAACCUGCCGCCGUUCAUUGAUUACUUCGCAUCCGGCACAAAUGCGGUGUUUACUGCCGUGGGCUCGUCAGGCCUGCAUGCGGGCGCCAGCAGCGGCAGCAACAGUGCUUUCGACGGGAAAUCGCCCAAGUACGGCCAGCCGCUGCACGCGCACCAGCUGUCAGCGGUGGUGGAGGGGGAGCCCGGCAGCCCGGACAGCGGCGACACGGAUGAUGACGGCGGCGGGCGGCCGGCAGCGCUGCGGCCGCCGCACCUCGCGGACGCGCACGCAUCCGUGAAGCGGCUGCGCCACCCCAACGUGCUGCGCACGUACGCCUACGCCAGCGUGAGUACGGCGCCGCAGCUGGGCGGCGUGCUGCCGGCGCGGCACGAGCACCACGUGCUGCUGGAGCUGUGCGAGGCUGGCAGCCUGCGGUCCUGGCUGGACGUCAAGCUGCGGGCAUCGGAGGCGGCGGAGCGGACGCGGCAGGCAUCGGAGAUGCAGCAGCACCGGGGGCAGGCGCAGGCGGCGCAGCAGGGGCAGCAGCAGGGGCACGGGUCGCAGCAGGCGGCGCCGCCGCAUGUGAGGCCGAUGCAGCCGGGCGCACACGCGGCUCAAUGGCCGGCGAGCGCAGCUGCGGCAACGGCCGGCGGCCUUCCGCCAGCAGAGCUCUCGGCGGUCAGCCUUGCGGCAACGCACGCGGGGGCAGGUCACACGCCACUGCCUGCAGCAGCGUCAUCGCCACCAGCAGCACCAGCACCAGCGGCAGGGCAGGGCGCGUCGGCCGUGUCGAGCGGCGCGGUGGACGUGGCCGCGGCCGCGGCGGCGGCAGUGGCUGCGUUGUCUCGCGCCCAUGUGCACAUCCUGACAGGUGUUGCGCCGCCGCCGCUCGCUUCCGGCACCUCGCCGCACGUGACCUUCUCACGCGCCACUUCCACGGCGGCUUUGUCGCGCACCAACACCUCGAACACCCUCGCAACUGCGUCGCCACCGCUGCCGCUGCCGCACGGCAAGCCCCUCGCCGACCUACUGCGUGCGGUGCUGCUGCCGGGUCGCUCGGCAUCCACAGCUGACACCGGCCGCAGCGGCGCCGGCGCCGCCGCGAGGAGCAUGUUCAGCGGCCCUGCGGGCAGCGCCCCCGGCGCAGCUGCUUGCAGCGACGUUGUCGGCAGCCGUUGCUUCGUGCCUGGCGACGGCGAGGAGCACAGUUGCGUGAAUGCUCCGCCGAUACGCUUCGCAUCGCAGCAGGAGGAGGCAAUGCGGAUUGCCGCCGCGGCCGAAGCCGCCAAGGUGGCGGUCUGGCCGGCAGUGGCGGGGCCCGGGAGCGACACUGACACUGCGACGCCGUUCACGCCAUCGGCAGCAGCAACAGCUGCGGCAGCUGCAGCAGCAGCCAAUUCGGCAACGAGUACGGCGCUAGCGGCGCGGCCGGCAACGGCAACGGCACUGGCAGGAGCGACGAGCCCCGGCACACCAUGCAUGUCGCAAGAGGGCUCCGUUGCUGCGGGCGGCGGCUCGAGCACCAUUGGUCAGGUGUCUGGUCAGACGGUUGCGGCAGCAGCUGCUGCAGCCGCCAGUGCUGCUACUGCUGGCCGGCAUCACCACCAGCAUCACCCGCACCACGCGGCAGCGCCGCGCGGCGUGGCCGCGAGCGACUCGUUCGCAACUACGGGCGCCUGCGGCAGCGUAGGCACGGGCAUGGCAACCGACGGCAUCCUCGCUCAUGACAGUGCGUUGUUUCGCGAGCUGUCCGCUUUGCUGGCCAACGCUACAGCCACAGCCACGGCCACGGCCUCGAACCUGGCGAGCGCCGGCGGGGGCGCAGGUGGAAGCAGCACCACCGGCGGAGGCGGAGCCGGCGGCAGCAGCACCGCUGACGGCGGCGCGGGGCGCAAGCUGGAGAGGCAGAUGCAGCGCCAGACGUCGGAGGCCGGCACCACAGCCGACAACACAGCCGACGACACGGCCGGCACGGCGGCGGCGGCCCUGGAGGGCGCGUCGUCGUCAGUGCGCUCGCCUGACCCGUCGACGACGGAGGCGUUGCAGAUGGCGGCAAACUCUGGCACAAUGGCGGCGGGCUCCAGCGGCAUGCCGGCGGGCUCCAGCACGCUGGCGCCGCCGGCCACUAUCUCGCUGGGCACGUCCUCGACGCUGCUGCCGGGCCGCGUGACGCAGCCGUCGCGCCUGUCCGCGCGCCGCAUGCGGGAGCAGCUGGCCGCGGCAUGGGCGACGGACGACUCCAUGACGGGCGGCAGCAGCAACUACGGCCCAGGGGGCUACGACGGCGCGGGCUCGCGCCUACCGGUGGUGGAUGAGUUGCCGUCAGACCGGCUGACAGCGGUGGAGAGCCGCGGCAGCGGCCGUGUGACGGCGGCGGCCCUGGCGGCUGGCUCGUGCGGGCUGCACGGCGGGCCCGGCAGCUGGGCGCCCACACCGCCCGACCUGCCAGCGGACCUGCAGGCGCUGCUGCCGCAGGAGCAGCAGUCGGCUGCGGCGCUGCUCGCGACGGUGACGACGCUCAUACAAGACCACCACCACCACUACCACAACCACCAUCCCCACCAUUACCACCACCAAGAGCAUGCGCAUGCGCCUGAGCAACAGCACCCGCAGCAUCCUUCGCAGCAGCUGUCGACUGAGGGCUUGGAGAUGGCGGCGCCAUCUCACCUGCCGGCCUCCGGUGGCACAGACGGCGGCACUAACACACCCAGGGUCCUCCCGGCAUCCCUGCCCACAGUCGCCGCCUGGGUGGCCAGCUCUGAGGCCAAUACCAGCACUGCUGCAGGCCCGCCGAGCGGUGGUGCCGGUGGCGGUGGCACUGGCGGCGGCGGCGGCGGCACUUCCGCGUCGCCCAAGCAGCCCACGCCGUUUGCAGUGGUGGCAAAGGAGGCUGCGCAGGCGUCGAUGGCAGUGGAGUCGGGGCAUGGAGUGCCGGGGGCGAAGCGGGUGGCGGCCUCGCUACCGCUGCCCAGGGUGCGGCCCGAGACCGCCAUCACCCUCGCCUCCUUCGCUGCGCCGUUCACCACCGCCGCAUCUUGCGCUCUGGAGCUUGCCGACCAGCCGCCCACAAAGCCGCCGGCUGUCUCGGAGCUGGGUGCGGCCUUCGCAACCGCCUACACCGAUGACGGCGCGGCCAAAUCGCCGCACCUCCACCAUCACGGCCUGGGCCACCAGCACUCGGACCGCCAGGGCCGCCGCCGCGGCGGCCACAGCCAGAACCAGCAGCAGCUGUUGCAGCCCCACCCGCACGCCCAGCCGCGCCGCCAGCGGUCAGCGGUCAACAGCGGUGCGGGUGGCGGCGCCGGCGCCGACACCGACACUGGGCUGGAGCAAGAGGACCGCGGUCCCAGUGCAGUAGGCAGCGGGGCGGGCGGCGGCGCAGCAAGCAGGGUGGGCAGCGGGCCCGGCGGCGGCGCGGCAAGCAGGGUGGGCAGCGGGCCCGGCGGCGCAGCAGCAAGCACGAUGGGUAGCGGGCCCGGCGGCGGCGGCACAGCUAGCAGGAUGGGGAGCGGGCCCGGCGGCGUCGGCACCACGGUGGGGCACGUGAGCAUGACGCCGUCGGACUUUGGCGGCGGCACCAGCAAGUACUCGCACGGACCGGGGCUGCUGGCGGCGGCGGCGGCGGCCGACGCGCUGGCGGCCACACAGCAGCACUUUGUGAUCCUGGAUGACAUGGAUGAUGACGACAUCUCGUACGGUGCCGGCACGCCAGCUGGCGGCGGUGAUACGUCCUACAACAGGGGCCUGCUGGACGGGCCGUUUGACAGCAGCUCGGCGCUCAAUGCCGCCGCCGCGGCCUUCGCCGCCAAGGCCGCCGGGUUCCGGCAGCAGGCCAUGGCGCAUGGGAACGGUGGAGCCGGCGGGUCGCGGCUCGCGGGUGGCGGCAGCGGAGGCGGCGAUGGCAGCACCGGCCGCUUGCGCCGCGUGGGGACUUUGUAUGGCGACAUGAUGCGGGGGCCUCUGAAGAUGUUGGAGGAGGGCAGCGCGGAGGGCCGCAUGAGCAGCUCCAUAGAUCCAGGCACGGGCACCAAUACAGGCACCGGCAUGGGCCACGGCACCGGAAGCUGGAUGGCGCCUUGGGCGGCGGGCUUCAGCCGCCGCAGCAGCAGCCGCACGCACGGCGGGUUGUCGCUGCCGCCCGUUCCCACAAUGUCUCCGGGCGCCGGCGCGCUGGACAUGAUGACAACUCUGUCGCCUGCUGGCACGGAGAAGCUACAGGCCAUCGUGACUGCUGGUGCGCCUGGUGGUGCUGCUGGUGCGCCUGCGGCUUCGCCGGCUUCGGCUCUGACGGAAGUGGCUGCGGCGCAGUCCGCCCGCGGCAGCAGCAUAAGUGCGGGCACCACGACCGACACGAGCGCCCGCCUCGACGUGCCAAAGCCGGCGGCGCCGGCAGCCGCACCUGCUGCGACCCAGGAGUCGUCAAAGCUGCAGCCACCGACGCAGCCGGCUGCUCAGGGCACGGUCGCGAAGCUGGAGCCAUUCGGCCUCGUUACCAAGGCACUGGGCCGGCGCGCACGCGGCAUGGUCGCCUCCAUUCUCAAGGCUGCCAACGAGGCCGCUGCCGACGGCGCCAUCUCCAGCCCCUUCAGCCCCGCCGCCGCAGGCAUCCUGGCCUGGGAGUCGACCGCGGCUGGCGGCGCCGCCGCCGCCGGCGCGGCCAGCGGCGCUGGCGGCCUCGCCAGUGGCGCGGGCGGCGUCAACGUGCCGCAGGCCGGCAGCAACUACGCGCCAAUGCAGCCGGAGCAGCUGCGGCACCUGUGUGAGGUGUUGGAGUGCCUGGCGGAGGUGGCGUCGGGACUGGCGUACCUACACGCAGUGGGCAUGGUGCAUGGGGACAUCAAGAGCGGCAACGUGCUGCUGAAGCGCGACCCCCGCACCGCGCGCGGCUUCGUGCUCAAGCUGGCGGACUUCGGGUUCUCGCGUGUGCUGGAGCAUGGCUCACACACGUACCUGUCCCGCCCCAGCGGCACACUCGCCUACCUGUCCCCGGAGCUACUCACCAGCCACCGGCAGUCCUCCGCCGCAGACGUGUACGCAUUUGGACUGCUGGUGUGGGAGACCGUCACCACACAGCCGCUGUUCCGCGGCCUCGCGACCGCACAGCUGCUGUACGCCAAGACGCACCACCAGGACUGGCUGCACCUCAAGUGGCCCGAUUGGACGCCCUUCGAGGUGCGCUGCCUGGCGCGCCGCUGCACCGAGUACGCUCCCGCCGCGCGCGUCACUGCGGUACAGGCGCUGGCGGCCAUUGAGGACAUGCGGCAGCGCUUCAGCCAGGAUCUGUUGGCGCUUGAGCAGCCGCAGCAGCAGCAACAACCGGGCGGGCCUACAGCACAAACGACGGCGUAACAUGCGCCGUUGUCAAGCGGCGCUGCCACAUUGUGGCGCGGCCCCGUUCACGGGGUCAUCAUGACAGCGGCGACAGACAGAGUGUCGGGGGUGGGCCUACAUAGCAGGGGGCUAGGGGCUCCGGUGCCCGAUGCCAGGCGGUGCUGAGGCUGCUGUGCUGGCAACAGCCAGGGUGCUGUUGCACGGUGGCAUGUGGACGUGUGCGCGCUGGUUGGGUGCAAUGGGGUAUGUGUGCAACUGAAACAGUUUGAGACCCGACUUAAUGAGAGUGCACUGUAAAAGUGAGCAUCAUUGGUACAGGGUGCAACGCGGUGGAGGAUGGUACCUUUACCCUGCCUCAGCCCAUCCUGCCUUUUGGGUGUAUAUGUGCGCGUGCUGAUAGCCCUGGGAGGCAUUCCGUAAUUAUGGCAGACGGUCCAUGCGUGCGACCAGCUGUUGUCUUCGAGAGUGCGAGCGAGGCAUGUGCUGAUCUAAGAAAGGCAGCCGCGGCGUUUGCCAUGCGUAUGUGAUUUGCUUGAGAUGCUGAGCCAUGGCUGCUGCUUGCUCGGCUUGAGGUGUAGGAACUCCCUGUGCCGCAUUAGGGUGUAGGAACUCAAUACGCCGACUUUCCUAGGUGUGCAACUGCAACACAAAUCAUUAUCUUUGUUUGCAGCACCGGUCGAACCGGUUGCUUGGUCGUUUUGCCAUGCACUUUUUGUGCGCUAGUCACUUCAGGCAAGAAGCGCAAACACGCACGCACGUGAGUGGCGUGAAGAUGCAGGUGGAAUGCAAUCAAGUAAACGAGAUUGGGGUUCUAAACCUGCAAAGUUGUUAAUACGGUUGUGCAGCGACGGGCAAUGGAAAGCCAUCUGUCAGCUGGCGGCUCUAGGUGCACAUGGCUUUCGUUUGUGCGUGCGUAACAACGUGGCGGAAACUUUCGAGCGACGAGUGCGGGCAAAGGACCGCCGGGUAACGCAGCAACGUGUUGCAACGUGUGGUUGGAUUGUAUCGCUGCGCAGGCUGCAGUGUGUCGGGCCUGCGCAGUGCGUGUGCGGCUGUACCCGCUGGGGUGGACCUGGCAAAGUGGCUUCAAAUAGAAUGUAUCAUCGAACGUCAAGGGCGCAUUUGCCUGCAACUGACAGUUUGAGACCUGACUUAAUGAGAGUGCACUGUAAAAGUGAGCAUCAUUGGUACAGGGUGCAACGCGGCGGCGGAUGGUAUCUUUCUCAGUUGAUGUGAAGAGCGGCUGAGGCUCUGUAGGCGGGCACGUGACGUUCGACUGCACGGCUGGGGCAGACAUAGGUGCGCUUGUUAUUCUUGUGGUGCGUGUCGAGGCAUCACCAUGUGGAUAUGGUGGGGGUGAUGAGCGCUGGGUUGGGGUCCUACGGCCGUCAGUUCCCGCGGUGCGGUGCGGCACUCGGAACCACAACACUUGCAACCGCAUAGCAUGAACGUGGACUAGCGAUGCCUUCGCCAUUCUUAUGAAGAUGGGCCCUGCCUGCAUCGUAGCAGGAGUGCCUUGGUGUAAGCUUGUGUAAGCAUGUGCUUCU